CAUUCCAGCACAUCUAUGUUGUCUGGGGUUAGUGGCCAGAGCCACAGCUCUACUUCAACUGCCUCUUACCCAGGCGUUUUUGCGUGGGACAUUACAGCAAGCACAGAAAAGAAGUCAUCCUCACUCAGGGACUUCACUGUGACUGUUAUUGACCAGAACACAGGUGUCUCUUCCAUGUCUAUGACAGCCCAGCAUGAUAAAAUUUCAGAUGCCAAUAUUAUGGUCCCUCUGUAUCCAACACUAUCUGCCAGCCUUGUUCAGAGGACACAAUCUCAAAUUCCAAACCAGCACGGCCAUAGCCUGUCACUCCCCUACCAGAAAGGAAGCCAGGUAUAUUACUAUAAUCCAGGCACACUGGGGCCUCAACUAUCUGGAGAACUUGGCCCCUGGCUGCAAUCCUAUGGCUCUGUGUCAUAUACAGGAAAUAGGGCCUCUGCCCAUCAACCAGAAAUGGUGAUGGUAUUAAAGGAGGUUCGGCCCACAAAAGUUCUACCACCAGUCUCAACUACUGGGAUGUAUUACCCUGUAUCUGCUCAACCCAUCACAGAAACCAGUUUUCAAGUGAUGGAAACUUCCCUGGGGAUGGAUACUUCCCUGGGAUUGCAAUCUCCAAGCAAGACAUUUUGUCUGGCACAAGCUCCGGAAUUCUCCAAGUCCUGCAGUACCCAAAAUACCCAGAUACCUGAGAGUAAUCCUUCACCUGAGCUUGGGGACAUUUCAAUGACAGCCCCAGUCCAGAGUCCAACUAAUCUCUUGAAACUGUCUCCAGCUCCAAACCAGGACAAAACCGAGAUUGAGAAUUUGGAUGAGAUUAAAACCAAGCUUUCAAAGCCUCUAGAUGCCUACCAGUUCCCAAAAGAAAAUCAAGAUCCUCCACUGCUUCCUUUAGAAAUCCCUGAUAUUCACCAGCUUCUGUCCUGCAUUGGUCCUCUUGGCCAAGAGGAGCAGCCUCGUGCUGAAAAUGCCAACCUGAGAAAGAACAGCCAGCGUCUUGAGGGCCAAAGGAUACUUGAAAAUGGGAUUGAGUCUAGCAAUGAUCUUGCAGACAUCACUACAUUGGUGGAGGAUACUCACCUCCCCUCAAUCUUCAGUUCCUUACAAGAUCUUGACAAACCCCAAAGUCCCUCCAUCUUCAGUUCCUUACUAGAUCUUGACCAACCCAAAAGUCCCUCCGCAAAGAACAGCAAAGAUCCCAGUGCUAUCAAGGUAAAUCACAUGCAGGAAAAGUCCAGCGUCAUAAAUGGUUACUCUGAUCAAGUCAGGAAGAACAAGCAUAAAGCUGCCGAGCCU